CCCAGCCCGUACGGAGUGGCUUUAGGAAGAAAAGAAUCCAAACCUGCAACUCGGAGAUAACGAGACACACACCAAUAAAGAGAUACACGUUUGGAGAUCCGCGCGCGGCGGUGUCGCGCACGGAUUAUUAUAGGGCAUUUUAUUUUUCUUUCACUGAGGAGAUUCUGGUUUGGAGCGUCUGAUCUUGGGGGGAAGGAAUACAAAUGUACGGAGAAUAAAAGGAGUAUUUCAUACAUGCUCUCUUCGCUAACAAGUGACUGCCGCUGGAGAAAGUGGAAUAUAGUGUUUUUUUUCUGCCGCAGGAGAUUCAACGUAACUGUUUUUAUUUGCUCUGAGGGAACUGACCGCUUACCCCAAGCAUACGGAUUUAAAACCUGUCCCCAGGGGUGGGGGGGAUAGUCUCAAAAGUACUUUUCUCACGCCGCUGAAAGCGUCAAGCUGUCCUGCUUGAAGACCCCACACGUCCUCGUGCAGUUGGGGCCUCGGCUCUCCGGCCAGGUCAAAGGUCACUCCGACCCUACCCUCCCCCUCCCCCUCCCCCUUCCCUACCAGAGCCAAGAUGGCCACCAGUGGUGCCCUGCGCAUCUCCUUGCAAGUCCUGCUGCCUGUGAUCACUCUGCUGCUAUCACUGCUGCUCACCGGCUCCAACGCCACACUACCACGCUUCACAAAAGUUCCCGUUGACCAGAUUGGUGUCUCGGGGGGUGUGGUCUCCUUUGUCUGCCAGGCAACAGGUGACCCCAAGCCAAAGGUUAGUUGGAACAAAAAAGGAAAGAAGGUGAACUCCCAGCGUAUAGAGACCAUAGAGUUUGACGAGGGUGCCGGUGCAGUUCUGAGAAUCCAGCCUCUCCGAGCGCCACGUGACGAGAACGUCUACGAAUGCGUGGCUGAGAACAGCGAAGGCGAGAUUGUCACCAGCGCCAAGCUGUCCAUCAUCCGAGAGGACCUUCUUCCACCAGGCUUCCCUAACAUUGACAUGGGGCCUCAGCUCAAAGUAGUGGAGCGCACUCGAACAGCCACCAUGCUCUGCGCCGCCAGUGGCAACCCUGACCCGGAAAUCACUUGGUACAAAGACUUCCUGCCGAUUGACCCCACUGCAAGUAAUGGGCGAAUCAAACAGUUACGCUCAGAAACCUUUGUGGGUACCCCGAUUCGAGGUGCCUUGCAGAUCGAGAACAGCGAGGAGACGGACCAGGGGAAGUACGAGUGUGUGGCGUCUAACGUGGAAGGCGUGCGCUACUCGUCCCCUGCUAACCUUUAUGUGCGAGAGCUUCGAGAAGUCCGGCGGGUGCCUCCUCGCUUCUCCAUUCCACCAGCAAGUCAGGAAAUCAUGCCCGGUGGUAGCGUCAACAUAACGUGCGUGGCAGUGGGGUCGCCCAUGCCUUAUGUCAAAUGGAUGCUGAACGCUGAGGAUUUGACGCCAGAGGAUGAGAUGCCAGUGGGUAGAAACGUUCUUGAACUGAGCAACGUUCGUGAGUCAGCCAACUACACCUGUGUCGCCAUGAGCAGCCUUGGGAUUAUUGAAUCUAUGGCACAGAUCACUGUCAAAUCUCUCCCAAAGCCCCCAGGUACCCCCGUAGUUACGGAGACCACUGCCACCAGUGUGACCAUCACCUGGGACUCAGGAAACCCAGAUCCAGUGACAUACUAUAUCAUCCAAUAUAGGGCCAAGUCUCCAGACAGCAAAUAUGAAACUAUGGACGACAUCACCACUACACGUUACAGCAUUGGCGGCCUUUAUCCCAACACAGAGUAUGAAAUCCGUGUCUCAGCUGUCAACACAAUUGGCCAGGGUCCUCCUAGUGAGCCGGUAGAAACUCGGACUGGUGAACAAGCCCCGGCCAGUCCACCAAGAAACAUUAAGGCCCAGAUUCUUCCCCAAAAUACCAUGAUGGUUCAGUGGGAAGAGCCAGAGGAGCCCAAUGGGCAGAUUAAGGGCUACCGUGUUUAUUACACCAUGGAUAACUCCCAGCCCAUGAGCCUCUGGCAGAUCCAUAAUGUCCAGGACAGCCUCAUCACCACUAUCCAGAGCCUAGUUCCUCAAGAGACCUACACAAUCAAAGUUUUAGCAUUCACCUCUGUAGGGGAUGGACCUUUUUCAGAACCCAUCCAUGUCAAAGUACUGCAAGGAGUUCCAGGUCAACCAUCUAAAUUCCAGGUUGGUGCUGUGUCCGAUACCAGCAUUCAACUAACCUGGGAACCCGCCUAUGAGAAAGAGGGAAUUAUAAGUUAUGAACUUCGUUAUAUGGAAAGCACUUUUGGAGGCCAGAUGAAGAAAACAUUUGGACCCACAACAUCAUAUGUUGUGGAAGGUCUCCGUCCCAACACAGAGUAUCGCUUCUCCCUGGCAGCCAUCUCUAACAAAGGCAUCGGAGCCUUCACAAAUGACAUUACGCAGAAGACCUUGCAAGCGAAGCCCUCAGCUCCCCCUCAAGAAGUUAAGUGCAGCAGCACCAGCUCUACCACCCUGUUGGUAAGUUGGCGCCCCCCACCUUUGGAGAGUCAGAAUGGUGCCCUGGUGGGGUAUAGGGUGCGCUACCAGGUGGUGGGCCAGUCAGAAGGGGCCGGUGACAACGAGGAACCGCUGGAGGAGCCCAUGGUGCCUGCCACUGAGGAACAGGUGUUGCUUCAGCGAUUAGAGAAGUGGACCCAGUACCGUGUCACGGUGUCUGCCUCCACUGUGAUUGGACCUGGCCCCGAGAGUGAGCCCCUCGUCUGUCGGACCGACGAAGAUGUUCCUGGGGCUCCUCCAAGACGGGUGGAGGUGGAGGUUAUCAACUCCACAGCAAUUAAGGUGAUGUGGCGUUCUCUUACGCCAGGCAAGCAGCACGGACAGAUCCGUGGCUACCAGGUUCAUUACGUGCGUGUGGAAAAUGGCGAGUCUCGAGGCCUGCCUCUCAUCAAGGAUGUCAUGCUGGCUGAUGCCCAGUGGGAAACAGACGAUACAGCUGAAUAUGAAAUGGUCAUUGGAGGACUCAAGCCAGAAACCACUUACUCCAUCACAGUGGCAGCAUACACCACCAAGGGGGAUGGUGCUCGGAGCAAACCCAAACUGGUGGUGACCAAAGGCGCAGUACCUGGUCCGCCCUAUCUGUCAGUGGCUCAGGACUCAGAGACAUCAGCCGUGGCUCGCUGGGAUCCUCCAGAUCUAACCAAUGGCAUGGACCUGCAGGGUUACCGGCUCCAGUUUGGCAGAAAAGAUGUCUCUCCUUUGGCCACACUGGAAUUUGCUCCCCAAGAGCGGCAGUACUCUGUGGGCAACAUUCACCGGGGGGCAAUUUAUCUCUUUAAGAUCUCUGCCAAGAGCAGGGGUGGCUUUGGGGAAGAGGCUGUGGUAGAAGUCAAUGUGCCUGAGAAUACGCCAGGGGGAUACCCACAAAUUAACGAGGGCUCCAAUGUGACUUGCUGCUCAGUGCAGCUGUCCUGGUCUCCACCAGUCCUGGCAGAGAGGAAUGGGGUAAUCACAGAGUACACUUUGGCCUAUAAAGAAGCUGGCACCAGAGAAGCUCCACGGGAACUCCACUUACCCCCCAGCCUCUUCAGCUAUGUGCUCAACAGCCUCAAACCGAACUCGGCAUAUGACGUGAAAAUACGUGCACACACCAGUGUAGGUCCAGGGCCCUACAGCCCACCUAUCCAGUAUCGGACCGUGGCCUUUGAUCCAGCAGAUGUUCCAAAGAACUUCACUGUAAAGUGGGCCACCAAGUCCACAGUGGUCAUUGCUUGGAAGUUUUCUGAAAGCAGGUCCCCGUAUAAAUGCACUAUUGAGUAUAACCGCCAGAAGAUGGAUGUGGAUGCCAGGCAGCUGAAGGUGUUCGUCACUGGACUAAGACCUAACACCACCUAUGAGUUCACAGUGAUCUGUCAAGAAAGCAUAAAUGGUGGGCAAAGACAUCGGGUAAUAGCCAGGACAGCGCCGCUCAUGCUGAUCAGGAAACCCAAGUUGGACAUCUACAGUAACUCGGAUACCGCGCUCACCAUGUCCUUUCCAUCAUUUGACAGCAAGGAUGUCAAGAACUUCUAUGUAGUAGUGGUGCCGCUUAAGAAGACCCCAGGAACUGUUAAAGACUUGAAAAACCCUGAUGAGAUAGACAUAGAAGAGCUGUUGAGGGAGGUGAAUCCAAAGCGCCGUUCACGCCGUCAGCUGGACCAGAAGAAGCCCUACAUCAUAGCCUGCUUCAGGCAACUGCCCGCUAGCUUCACAGUAGGAUCUGAAAACCGCCACAGUAACUGUGAGAACAAGCCUCUCGAACCUGGCCAGGAGUAUGUCUUCUUCCUGCUGGUUGAACUCAAUGCCACUAGCGGGAAAAUGUUUGCAGCAAGCCCAUAUACCGACACGGUGGUGACUCCUGAGCUGGUCGUGGACCCUUUGCCAGUAGACGCUGGAGAUGGUCUCAUAUGGGUGUUGGGCCCCGUCCUGGCUGUUGUCUUCAUUAUCUGCAUCGUCAUCGCCAUUCUUCUGUAUAAAAACAAACCCGACAGCCACAAAAGAAAAGAGUCGGAGCCACGCACAAAAUGUCUGCUGAACAACGCAGACAUUACACCCCAUCACCCCACAGACCCCGUGGAGGUGAGGCGCAUCAACUUCCAAACUCCAGAUUCUGGUCUAAGCAGUCCUCAGAGUGAAGCAGAUUUUGACUAUGAAAGUAUGAUGAAUCAUCCUCCUAUCCCUAUCUCAGAGCUGGCUGAACACACAGAACUUCUCAAGGCCAACGACAACCUCAAACUCUCCCAGGAAUAUGAGUCUAUUGAUCCAGGCCAGCAGUUCACCUGGGAGCACUCCAACCUGGAGGUGAACAAGCCCAAGAAUCGUUACGCCAACGUCAUCGCCUACGACCACUCACGUGUCAUCCUGGCUCCCAUAGAGGGUAUAACAGGCAGCGAUUACAUCAACGCUAACUACAUUGAUGGCUACAGGAAGCAGAAUGCUUACAUUGCCACCCAAGGACCUUUACCAGAGACAUUUGGAGACUUCUGGAGGAUGGUGUGGGAACAGAGAGCAGCCACUAUUGUCAUGAUGACCCGGCUGGAAGAGAAGUCGCGGAUUAAGUGUGAUCAAUACUGGCCAAGUCGAGGUACAGAGACCUACGGUAUGACCCAAGUGACCCUUUUGGACACAAUAGAAUUGGCCACUUUCUGCGUGCGCACUUUCUCUUUGCACAAGAAUGGUUCGAGUGAGAAGCGGGAGGUUCGUCAGUUCCAGUUCACCGCCUGGCCUGACCACGGCGUACCAGAGUACCCAACCCCGUUCCUGGCCUUCCUCCGUAGGGUGAAGACUUGCAAUCCGCCUGACGCUGGACCAAUCAUUGCUCACUGCAGUGCGGGCGUAGGCCGGACGGGCUGCUUCAUCGUCAUCGACGCCAUGCUGGAGCGGAUCAAGCACGAGAAGACGGUCGACAUUUACGGCCAUGUGACACUUAUGCGAUCGCAGCGGAAUUACAUGGUGCAGACCGAAGACCAGUACAGCUUCAUUCAUGACGCACUGCUGGAGGCGGUGGCCUGCGGAAACACUGAGGUGGCUGCCCGGAGCCUGUAUUCUUACAUCCAGAAGCUUGCACAGGUGGAGAGCGGUGAGCACGUCACUGGCAUGGAGCUGGAGUUCAAGCGUUUGGCCAACUCCAAAGCCCACACGUCGCGCUUCAUCAGUGCCAACCUUCCCUGCAACAAGUUCAAAAAUCGGCUGGUUAACAUCAUGCCCUACGAGACCACUCGUGUUUGCCUGCAGCCAAUCAGAGGCCUGGAAGGAUCUGACUACAUCAAUGCCAGCUUUAUUGAUGGAUACAGGCAACAGAAAGCCUACAUUGCCACGCAGGGCCCUCUGGCGGAGACUACAGAAGACUUCUGGAGAAUGCUCUGGGAGAACAACUCCACUAUUGUAGUCAUGUUGACCAAACUUAGAGAGAUGGGACGGGAAAAAUGUCACCAGUACUGGCCUGCAGAGCGCUCUGCCAGGUAUCAGUACUUUGUGGUAGACCCCAUGGCAGAGUAUAACAUGCCUCAGUACAUCCUCCGAGAGUUCAAGGUCACAGACGCCAGGGAUGGCCAAUCCAGAACAGUAAGGCAGUUCCAGUUUACUGAUUGGCCAGAGCAAGGCGUGCCCAAAUCGGGGGAAGGAUUCAUUGAUUUUAUUGGCCAGGUGCAUAAAACCAAGGAGCAGUUUGGGCAGGAUGGCCCAAUCUCUGUCCACUGCAGUGCUGGCGUGGGCAGGACCGGAGUCUUUAUCACCCUUAGCAUCGUCCUGGAAAGGAUGCGUUAUGAAGGUGUGGUUGAUAUCUUCCAAACGGUGAAGAUGCUCCGAACACAGAGGCCAGCUAUGGUCCAAACUGAGGAUGAGUAUCAAUUCUGCUAUCACGCAGCUCUGGAGUACUUAGGAAGCUUUGAUCACUAUGCAACGUAAAAAGCCAUCUCCCCCCCCUCCCCCUCCUCUGAAUCCUGUUGCCCCCCCACCCCCACCUCAACAGCCUCUUGAGCCAUAGGAACUAAAAUUUAAAACGACAGCAAACAACCACAUCGCCACCGCCAAUUCAGCCACAUCAACCAGGAUCUCCUAGAUUUUUUUUUUUUU